AUGGAUUCUGAUUUCGAAGAAUAUUCAUCUGAUGACGAUAGUAGUAUAACUACUUCUGAUGAACGUGAUACUAGUGAUUCAGAAGAUAUUGACUCGGAUGGUGAUAACUCAUUGACCGAUGAGCUGAAUCAAGUUUCAAUUCAUGAGUGGAAAUGGGAUACUGCCAAUACUAUGUUUACAAGUUCUUUUAAUUAUUUUGAUGGAAGUGCAUUGGGAAACAAUAUCGUUCGACCUAUCGAUGCAUUCAAUGAAUAUAUAUCUCAAGACAUUAUUGAAUUAAUUGUUAAUCAAACGAACGUUUAUGGACAGCAGCGUUGUGUUGAAAAAGGUAAAAAUGCAACAGACUGGAAGGAAAUUGAUUCAACCCAAAUUUAUUCAUUUAUGGGAAUCUUACUUAUCAUGGGUUUUCACAAAUUACCACGAAUUCGUGAUUAUUGGAGUAAUGAUCGGAAUCUUUUUACACCAGCUGUCGCCAAUGUAAUGACAAGGGCUGAAUUUCAAUGA